AUGGACCUGACGGCCAAGAUGGAGCUGACGGUGAGCCAGCAGCAGCUGAUGCCCUCCGCGUGCUUCUUCUCGGCCGCGGCGGCGGCGCAGAGCAUCCAGCUGAGCCCGAGCGGCGGCGGCGGCGCGAGCGGCGGGAAGUCCGCGUGCAAGCAGCCCAAGAGGCAGCGCUCCUCGUCCCCGGAGCUGCUGCGCUGCAAGCGGCGGCUCAACUUCGCGGGCUUCGGCUACACGCUGCCGCAGCAGCAGCCGCACGCCGUGGCGCGCAGGAACGAGCGCGAGCGCAACCGGGUCAAGCUGGUCAACAACGGCUUCGCCACCCUGCGGGAGCACGUGCCCAACGGCGCCGCCAACAAGAAGAUGAGCAAGGUGGAGACGCUGCGCUCCGCCGUGGAGUACAUCCGCGCGCUGCAGCAGCUGCUGGACGAGCACGACGCCGUGAGCGCCGCCUUCCAGUCCGGCGUCCUGUCGCCCACCAUGUCGCAGGGAUACUCCGCGGACAUGAACUCCAUGGCGGGCUCGCCCGUGUCCUCCUACUCGUCGGACGAGGGGUCGUACGACCCGCUGAGCCCGGAGGAGCAGGAGCUGCUGGACUUCACCAACUGGUUCUGAGCAUCCGCGCGAGAUAUGAGUGGAUGGACUGAACUGACCGUCGUCCCGCCGCUUGGGAUGGUCCCGGAGGAGAACCACAUGCACUGCACACGCGUUUUGGUCGGCGCGUCCCGCGCGCACGGUCCUCCCCAUGCGGGGCCUGAGACACUGGAGGGGAAAACCAGGCCACAGAUCAGCGCCAAAGGAUUUAAAAGGAAGUCGGGUCUCCUGACAGCGUGGGAAUCCCAGCUACUGUGCAUUUUGUCCAUGAUAAACACAAAAAACUCAAUUCAUGCGCUCCAGCAGCACAUUUAAAAAGAACAUUAUUUAAUACGUCGCUUUUUCAACUAUGCUAAUCCAAUCACACAACACCAACCCUUUGGCAAACCUCUCAGAAAAAUGCUUCCAAGUUGCGGAUUUAUUCUAUGAAAUUCUAUAUCAAACGCUUUUUUUGAAAUAUAUUAAGAUAUUUUUGUAUGUAAGAGAUUUAUAGAUGUUUUGUACACAUCCUUUUUGUAUAUAUUUUGUCAAUAUAUUGCGAAGUUGCUUCUAUACCUCCUGCCUGUGUAGACGUGUAGUCUAUUAUUCUCUGGCUCUUCUUGUUUGUGAGGUUUCCAGACGGGGUUUGAUACUCCUGAUGUGUUUAUUCGAGCACCGACGUGUCUUAUUUAAUAGUGAAACCAUGUUUUUGCAUUAUUUUGUGUCACAAUGAUCAAAUCCUUAUGCAGCUAUUGUCCAAACAGAGUGCAAUAGCGAUGCAUUGUCUCCACAUGUUGGAAAUGCGAAGUCCUAUAACCAUAUUUUCUACACUCUAGUCCAAGAAUAA